CUGCGUCAGCCCCAGUCCUGGCUGCGGGAGUCGAGCCGCCGUCUCCGCCGCCGCCAGCGGACGGGGCGGGGAUCCCGGUACCAGGUCCUCGUCAGCCCGCCCCCGCCGCCUCAGUCAGCCGUCCCGGGCUGGGCCCCACCGUCAUGGAGCGGGGCGGGACCUCCGCUUGUUCCUUGUGAAGUGCGCUGCCGCCGCCUUCGCUUUUCGAGGCCUCCGGAACCUCCGCCGCCGCCCCAAGCCCCUCGUCCUUGGCAGCCUGUCACCGCCCCUUGGGCGGGCUCGAAUGCGCGUCCGGUGAAGGUGCAGGCCCGGCGCCGCCGCUGCCGCAGCCGGGAGAUGGUUCGGGCCUAGCGGAGCCGAGACUGGAGCAACAUGAACCGUGAAGACCGGAAUGUGCUGCGUAUGAAAGAACGGGAAAGGCGGAAUCAGGAAAUUCAGCAGGGUGAAGACGCCUUCCCACCUAGCUCUCCUCUCUUUGCUGAGCCAUACAAAGUUACUAGCAAAGAAGAUAAGUUAUCAAGUCGUAUUCAAAGUAUGCUUGGAAACUACGAUGAAAUGAAGGAUUUCAUAGGAGACAGAUCUAUACCAAAGCUUGUUGCAAUUCCCAAGCCUACAGUACCGCCAACAGCAGAUGAAAAAUCUAACCCAAAUUUCUUUGAACAGAGACAUGGAGGUUCUCAUCAGAGUAGCAAAUGGACUCCAGUAGGACCUGCACCCAGCACUUCUCAGUCUCAGAAACGGUCCUCAGGCUUACAAAGUGGACAUAGUAGCCAGCGGACCAGUGCAGGUGGCAGUAGUGGCGCUAACAGUGGUGGCCAGAGGCACGACCGUGAUUCAUACAGCAGUAGUGGGGGUGGUAGCCGUAAAAAAAGCCAACAUGGAUCAGAACACUCCAAAUCACGUUCUUCCAGCCCUGGAAAACCCCAGGCUGUUUCUUCAUUGAGCUCCAGUCAUUCCAGGUCUCAUGGGAAUGAUCACCAUGGCAAGGAACAUCAGCGUUCCAAAUCACCUCGGGACCCUGAUGCAAACUGGGAUUCUCCUUCCCGUGUACCUUUUUCAAGUGGGCAGCACUCAAAUCAGUCUUUCCCACCAUCGUUGAUGUCAAAAUCCAGUUCAAUGUUACAGAAACCCACUGCCUAUGUACGGCCCAUGGAUGGACAGGAGUCCAUGGAACCAAAGCUGUCCUCUGAGCACUACAGCAGCCAAUCCCAUGGCAACAGCAUGACUGAGUUGAAGCCCAGCAGCAAAGCACAUCUCACCAAGCUGAAAAUACCUUCCCAACCGCUGGAUGCAUCAGCUUCUGGUGAUGUGAGCUGUGUGGAUGAAAUUCUUAAAGAGAUGACGCAUUCAUGGCCUCCCCCUCUAACGGCUAUUCAUACUCCAUGCAAAACAGAACCUUCCAAAUUUCCUUUUCCAACGAAGGAAUCUCAGCAGUCCAAUUUUGGUCCUGGAGAACAAAAAAGAUACAAUCCUUCUUCUAAGACUUCAAAUGGGCACCAGUCUAAAUCUACAUUAAAAGAUGACUUAAAACUAAGCAGCAGUGAAGACAGUGAUGGGGAACAGGAUUGUGAUAAGACAAUGCCAAGGAGUACACCAGGAAGUAACUCUGAACCUUCACACCAUAAUAGUGAAGGAGCAGAUAACUCCAGGGAUGAUUCUAGCAGCCACAGUGGAUCUGAAAGCAGCUCUGGAUCUGACUCGGAGAGUGAAAGUAGUUCCAGUGACAGUGAGGCCAAUGAGCCAUCCCAGAGUGCAUCUCCCGAGCCUGAACCACCACCAACAAACAAAUGGCAGCUUGAUAAUUGGUUGAAUAAAGUGAACCCACAUAAAGUGUCACCAGCUUCUUCUGUGGACAGUAACAUCCCAUCAUCUCAAGGCUACAAAAAAGAAGGCCGAGAGCAGGGCACUGGGAAUAGCUACACUGAUCCCGGCGGACCUAAAGAAACAAAUUCCACUACUCCUGGACGAGACUCCAAAACCAUCCAAAAGGGAUCAGAAAGUGGGCGCGGGCGGCAGAAGUCUCCCGCACAGAGUGACAGCACAACACAGAGGAGAACUGUAGGCAAAAAACAACCCAAAAAGUCUGAGAAGGCAGCUGCUGAAGAGCCUCGUGGAGGCCUGAAGAUAGAAAGUGAAACCCCUGUAGACAUGGCUACCAGCAUGCCCUCCAGCAGACACAAAGCAGCCACCAAAGGCUCAAGGAAACCCAAUAUAAAGAAAGAGUCUAAAUCUUCCCCUCGACCUACAGCAGAGAAAAAGAAAUACAAGUCAGCGAGUAAAUCUUCCCAGAAAUCACGGGAGAUCAUAGAAACAGAUACUUCAUCCUCAGAUUCGGAUGAAAGUGAGAGCCUUCCUCCUUCGUCACAAACUCCUAAGUACCCUGAGAACAAUAGGACUCCCGUUAAACCCUCCUCGGUGGAGGAAGAAGAUAGCUUCUUUCGGCAACGCAUGUUCUCUCCUAUGGAAGAGAAGGAACUUCUUUCACCCCUCAGUGAGCCUGAUGACAGGUAUCCACUUAUUGUGAAGAUUGACCUGAAUCUCUUGACUAGAAUACCAGGAAAGCCUUACAAAGAAGCAGAACCACCCAAGGGGGAAAAGAAAAAUGUGCCAGAAAAGCACACGAGAGAAGCUCAGAAACAAGCCUCAGAAAAAGUUUCCAACAAAGGCAAGAGGAAACAUAAGAAUGAAGAUGAUAAUCGAGCCGAGAGCAAGAAACCCAAAACAGAGGACAAGAAUUCAUCAGGCCACAAGCUAUCCAGCAACAGAGAGUCAUCUAAGCAGAGUGCUGCAAAAGAAAAGGAUUUGUUGCCUUCUCCUGCUGGGCCUGUUCCUUCAAAAGAUCCAAAAACAGAACAUGGCUCUCGGAAGAGGACUAUUAGUCAGUCUUCUUCAUUAAAGUCAAGCAAUAACAGCAACAAGGAGAAUAGUAGCAGCAGCAAGGAGAAUACUGGCAGCAGCAAAAACAGUUCCUCCACAGCCAAGCAGAAGAAGACGGAAGGGAAGACUUCCAGUUGCUCCAAGGAGGUUAAGGAAAAGGCUCCAAAUAGCUCCUCUAGCUGUCCUCCAUCUACACCAACUCCUGAUGCUUCUAAGCCUCGGAGAACAAAGCUUGCCUUUGAUGACAGAAAUUAUUCAGCAGACCAUUAUUUACAGGAAGCAAAAAAACUAAAGCACAAUGCAGAUGCGUUGUCUGAUAGGUUUGAGAAAGCAGUAUAUUAUCUUGAUGCUGUGGUAUCUUUCAUUGAAUGUGGGAAUGCAUUAGAGAAAAAUGCUCAGGAAUCCAAAUCCCCAUUCCCUAUGUAUUCAGAGACGGUGGAGCUCAUCAAAUAUACUAUGAAGCUAAAGAAUUACUUGGCACCAGAUGCCACAGCUGCAGAUAAAAGACUCACAGUGCUCUGCCUGCGAUGCCAGUCUUUGCUGUACCUGAGGCUAUUCAAACUGAAGAAGGAGAAUGCUCUGAAGUACUCAAAGACGCUGACAGAGCACCUGAAGAACUCUUAUAAUAAUUCUCAAGCACCAUCACCUGGUUUGGGAAGCAAAGCUGUUGGGAUGCCUUCCCCUGUUUCUCCAAAGCUGUCGCCAGGCAAUUCGGGAAAUUAUUCUUCUGGGGCAAGUAGUGCUUCAGCAAGUGGUUCUUCAGUGACAAUUCCACAGAAGAUCCACCAGAUGGCAGCCAGCUAUGUUCAGGUUACAUCCAACUUCCUCUAUGCCACUGAAAUUUGGGACCACGCUGAACAGCUUUCCAAAGAGCAAAAAGAAUUCUUCGCUGAACUGGAUAAAGUAAUGGGCCCUCUCAUCUUUAAUGCAAGCAUCAUGACAGAUCUAGUUCGUUAUACCCGGCAGGGACUGCACUGGCUUCGCCAGGAUGCCAAGUUGAUAUCUUGAACUGAACACAUUCUCGUUGCCUCUGAUUUUUUCCACAACACUGUGUCACAUCACAAAGGAAAACUGCCAUAACACAUCACCUAGAAGACACUAAGAAUGAGGAACGGUUUUUCUCCUUUGUUCACGUGUUGUUGUUUUUUAUAACCCAAAGCCUUCAUGUCAAUUGACCCCUUCAAUAUUCCCAACGUGAAAAAUUAUUUAAAUGCUUUUAGAUCUGCAGCACAUUGAUAAGAUGGUGUCAGUGAUGUGUCGUAAGAUUGAAAUUCCAGCUGCAAUUUUUAACUAAUCAAUUGUAUUUCUACUUAUUUUAAUUUUUUUAAGUUCCCAGAUUGGGCUAGUUUAAAAUUUAGUUAUUUCUGCCUACAAAUUUACUCUGUUGAAUAUUUAACAUAAAUUUGAUGUAGGUAUAUGUAUUUAUAUACUUUGGGAGCUUUGUUACCUAUGAUGUCUUUUUUGUGGUAGCUCUUCUAAGAGUAAGAAUUGGUUCAUCUAAAAUAUGGACAUAUUCUUUCUACACCUACUACCUGAUAUUUCACAUCUUAACUACAAUUUUAUUAUUGUAGAAUUUAUGAUUAGUAUUAAGGAUAUUCUUCUACACAUGAAAAACUACUUAAAGUAUGAGAAGAUGGCAUUCUACGUGGAUGUAAAAUAUUUCGAAAUAUGUCUAAUUUGGUAUGCAUUAUUUCAAAAACUGUGAAUGUGUUAAUAACACUAUAGCAAUCACAAGGUGACUAUAACUUGCAUUUAAUGCAUUAUGAAAGAAGGCAGGCAAACUUUAUAGGAGAGGCAUAUCUUGUUGAAGGGUUUCAUAGACAAUCUUGAACUUUAUGGAUUUUAUUAAAACCAUGUGUUCCUUUUUGUUGGUAAUCAUCUGACACUUGAUUGAAACAAAAUAAGUUACUGUUGUAAAAAGGAUGAUACAAUUCCUGAGAGUUGCUGCCUAUGUUUCUUUAGUUAACAGUGUCCGAAGGUUAAAAUCUCUUCUCAGAUUUUUUUUACUCAUACUAGAUUAUGAUGCUCUAAUACGAGCAUGCAGUGACUGAUGUAGAAAUGGGCUGGAGCUUUGGAGUGUGUGCUUUUGCUAUACAACUGACAGUUCUAAUGCCUGAUGUAGAGAUGGUGAAUUUCUCCUUUUUAAACUUAUCUUGUAUUUACUCCCUUUGUAUUAUGAAGGCCCUCAUCAAUGAUGUAUGUUUCUGAUGGGAUCAGGAAAUUGACACUAGAAAAGUACCUAACUUGGUUCAAUGUGAGCUCUCUUGGGAAGGGGAGGAGAGCCAGGGUAGAGCUUAAGAAGCCAGCUCUGUAAGAGUUGUAUAUCAAAGUACCUUUCCCUACAAGGUGCAUAUAGGAGUCAAAGGUGAGAAAUGUACCCUCUAUACUUUGUUUUUAGUGCCCCUAUCAUGUCUGGUGUGCCUUAAAUCUUACCUUUAAAUGAAGACUCUGGAUUGUUUACAGAUGAAGUUUUACACUAGGACCGAUCGUCCAUUCAUGGUGGGUCUUCUACAGUAAUAAUGUCAAAUUCUCUUUUCUUUUAAAUCGUCCUUUAGGGUAACAUAAAGAUUAAUUCUUUCAGAAAAGCUAAUGCUUUGGUACAUAACUUAAUUUAACCAAUUGGGUAAUGCUGCUUCGAAAAAUAGUUUAUCCUUUUCCCCAUUCCAGAAGUGAAUCCAUUCAAUCAGAAAAAAAGAUUGCCCUACUUUUUGUAAAUGAUUGCUAAACUUGAAAUGGGAAAGGGGAAAGAAGAGAUAGAAAAUCUCCAAGUCCAAUGGUGCAGUGAAUCCUCUGUGUUUGAGUCUCUUUUACAAUUAUUUCUGAAGCUAGUGAACUUUCAUUGUCCUAUGGCUUCAUAUUUAUAAAGCUUCUUAACUGUUUUGUACCUUGUUUUCACGUGUCACUGAAAUUUAAGAUCUACAAAUUGUGUUGAAUUUAAUUUUUUCCCUUGGAGAAAUUGCUUCUGAUAUCUUUCUAACUUAAUCUUAGUGUGUUCUAGGAACAGUUUUCCUUAAAAGGACAGCUUCUCAGUGAUCAUUAUACUUAUUUAGUAAGAAAUUGUUAAUCAAGUACAUGUGUGUCCUGUCCUUCUCUGAUUUCUCUGACUCCGAUUCCUUAAUUUGCAGUGAUGUCUUAGAAAUGGAAAAGUAUCCUCUGGGUUUUUAAACUUUCAGCAACAACAGCCAGUGGGGCACCUCUAAGUUUGAGAGUGUUGUAGUCUCUUGUGUGUCCAGAAAGGCAGCAGGAGUGUUUCUGGGGUCACACAGAUAUUUUGUUAAAGCAGAGUUUCCUGCAUGCUUUAUGGUGCUGCUCUGAGAUAUUUUCUCUUUAAAACUGUUAAUUCUUGGAAAAUGAAUUUUUCAAGCUUUUCAUUGUGGAGGGUUUUUUCCACAAGGUGGUAAUGGGCAAUGGAUCAAAAUCCUAUCCUAAAUAACUGAAUUUUCAAUGUCAUAGAGUGUGGAAAUACCACUCCCUCUCUUGUGUCUGCCUUCUCAGAUGUUCUGUCUGUGUCAUCAUCUGCUCCAGCACAUAUUUAGGACUCCUUCACUUGGUGACCAUUCCUCCCUCCUCAGUAGGUGUCCUCAGUGUUUCUAACCAUUUAAAACUGAAUUUGACAAAUGGCUAAAAACUUACUUAGUUUGAAACUUGUAUUUAAUAUAUAAUUAAUUAUAGAAAUAGAAACUAUUUUAACAGUUAUUCUGUUGACUGCUCUUUACAACCAAACUCGUAUGCCAGGAGGCAGCAGCCUACACCACUGAACUCCUUACGGCAACCAACAAACCAAUUGUAGUGGAUGAAGUUAUCACAGUAGUGUUGUUUGGGCUUGGCUGCACUGGGCUGGGGAGAGCACUCCCCUCCAGAUGAUUCAGCCUUCCACAGCCCAGCCUAGGCUCCAGUCUGGCUGGAGAGCAUCUGCUUCCUUGCCUUGGUGCCACCGUUUUCUGGGCAAGUAGCCAGGAAAUGACUUUAUAAGCAGUGAGUACUUCAGAUAAAUUUAUAGCUAUAGCUGCUAUAGUGUGGAGAAGGUUGAUCACCACUGAUUUAAUUCUCCAAUGUAAAAGCAAUUAGAGUAAUAUAUGCACGUGCCCAUAAAUACCUGUGUUUCUGGGGAGCUCCUGCACUGGUGGAUCCAUAGGCAUCUGGGCUGCACUUUGAGUGGCACACUUGUGGCUUUAUUAGAUUCACUGUUUUUUGUUUUUUGUUUCAUUUUUUAAAUUCAUUUCUUUUCCUUAAAGGUUUAAUCAGCUAGAUCAGACAGCAUCAUCUUGUAUUUAAUGACAGAAACUUUGGUACAUUAAAUUCUAAUGAAUGAGCUUGCAUUGUGAAGAACCUACAAAAGGCAUUUGUUGUAAAUGAAAGUUCUGGCUCUGGAGGCCAGUAUUCUGUGGAGUUUCAGAGCAGCCAGUGAUCGUUCCAAUCAGCAAUGCCUAGUUGUAUAGAGGAGGAGGAGCACACUGUGCACUCUUCCAGGUGUGAGGGUAUGCAACUUUGGAUCUUAAAAUUAUGUACACAUACACACCUUAUAUAUAUAUGUAUGUAUGUAUGAAAACAUGAAAUUAGUUUGUCAAAAAAUGUGUGUGUUUAGUAUUUUAGCUUAGUGUAACUAUUUCCACAUUAUUUAUUAAAUUGAUCUAAGACACUUUCUUGUUGACACCUUGAAUAUUAAUGUUCAAGAGUGCAAUGUGUAUUCCUUUAGAUUGUUAAAGCUUAAUUACUAUGAUUUGUAGUAAAUUAACUUUUAAAAUAUAUUUGAGCCUUUCUGUAGUGUAAUAGGGCUCUUGCAGGGUGGGAAGGAUUUUAAUUUUCCAGUUGCUAAUUGAACAAAAUGGCCUCAUUAUGUGUUUUGGUUUAUAGGAGUUUGUGUCUGGGUCCCAGAAACAUCUACUGGGGACACCUGUUGUAGGCAGAUUGUGAUGAUGUUUAGAGAAAAAAAAAAACCUAAGUAACUGGGGGAGCCGGAGUAUUUCUAACCCAUAUAGACUUCUAUAACUCAUAUUCCCUAAUUACAUGGAACAUGGAUUUCAUUUCAACUUCAUGCAUCAAUGUGUUGGAGAGGCAGAUUUUUCCAAUAAUAAUAUUGCACCUCUAAGGUUGCUAUUCAGUAAAAUCAAUAGAUCAUUUUUGAAUGGCUUGGAAUAGGUAGUGAAAAGAGGCCAAAUUAGUGAUGUUUGUGAGCAUAUCUUUCACAUACUCACUAAUGGAGAAAUUCCAUCUAGACCACUAGACCCUAAAACCAAGCUAGCAAGUGAUAGGAAGUAAAUUAUUAAUAGUUGAUAAAGUGGAUGCUAGUCUUACUGAGGUUCUAGUCACAUGAACACUAUGGUUAAUUAAAAAGAACUUGCUGUGUCCAGAAAAGAGAAUGGAAAUAAUAGCUAAGUCUCUUCUUUUAAUGGAAUUUGGUCACAGAAUAUGGUAUUUGGGUUAAGUCAACUAAGUCAUAUAUAUAUUUAAGCAUCUUAAAAUGGCAGCCUAGGUGGUCUUCAGGUAAAGAAGUUGACCUUCAGGAAUGUCAGCAUUGACCUCUCCUUGCUACCACUGCUCAGCUAAAUAUAAACUGCCGUUCUUAAAACAAAAACAAAUGAAGCUCUCUAAAAUGAGCACAGAAAAGCUCCCACCCUGAAACUCCAGUAACAUUCAGUCUUGACCUCUUACUGCUUCCAUGUGAGGUUUCUUUUCGGCUUUUAACCAUUGGGAUUUUAUACCUAGAAAAUAUCUAUUUGGAAAUGCUGCCUUUCAAAACAAUGCCAUGAUUAUCCAGACUGUUGAGUUUGUUGUUGCUGUACAAAAAGUGUCCCCAUUUUACAACUUUGUGCGCACACCUGUCAUAUCAUUGACAUGAGCAUCAGCAGUACUGGGAUUGGGGGAAUGGGAGCUCACCAACAGAGCUGGCCCAAUUGGCAGUGCCUGAAAAGGCACCUUCUUCAGGGCCGGAUGUGGGGUUGGUAAGCACAGUUGUGAAAAUUUCUAUCUAGCCUCCGUUUUGAAUGGUUUUAAGAAAUUUUGUAUAUGGAGGAUGGAAAUGCUUAUAUAUUUAUUGAAAAUCCUUUUAUCUUAUUUGAAAUUAAAGUUAUUUGGUAAAUAAUGGUUUGAUAUUUGGGGAGGGUUUUGGAGGGGAGGUAACGCCACUGAUAAACUUAACAUGCCUGUUGAUUCUGCAGAAAGGUACUGUCAGUGACUGAUAGGAUGCCUUCGUUUUGUACAUGAUCCAAAUCUUUGUUUUACAUUUCUUUUAUCCAGAAUAUUUAGGCAUCUGACAUUUUCAACCAAAAUUUUGAUUAUAUACUGUGAUUUUGAUUUGUUGCAAUACAUUAAAAUUUCAGAGGUACUUUGGGGCUCAAAAGCUAGGAUUUCUAAGUCAGUAUGUGCAUUUCACAUAAUAAAGCUGUUAAUGGUGAGCAAAGUAUUAUAUACUAACUAGAUUUUUCCACAUCUGUAUAGUAUAUUAUAUGUAUUUUGUGGUAUUGAGAUUAUAGAAAGUUUAGAGUGUCAAACAUGCGUUUAAUGUGUAUUUUUAAACAAAUUUAUGGCAAUUAAAAUAUUUGGAGACAAGGGUAUCACAUUUCAAUUUGUAAAGAUCUUUUUAACUCUACUGUGUCAUUAAGAUGCUUUGUAUAAUGCCAAACCAUAGCUGGAGAAACUAAGUUUAAUAAAUAUCAAAUAGA